CAGUUUUCUGCACCAUUUUAGUCAUUAUUAUUUGAGACAGAAUAGAAAUAUUUUAUGCAUCAAUAACACAAAACAUUGUGUAAUCUGAAUGCGGCAUGACGCUUCUGCUUCCUAAACAAAUAACUUGUAAAGACUUGUAAUGUAGAUUUGUUUUGGUUUGCGGAUAUCUUAUGCUUGGUGUAAGGUUGACUCGUCAUUGUUUCGGUGGCUUCAGGGAAGUUUAAAGUGCUCUAUUUCCAUGCCGUAUUUACCGUAAGAAAACGUGUGGCCAGGCGUAGAGGCCCGAUCCUCUUAUGAAUGACAGUCUGAAUGGCCUGUAAAAUGUCUCAAGCCCGCCCAUAUCAGACCGCUUAACCAAUUAGCUUUAUUCAAGUCACUAACAAACUACAGUGAAAUAUAUUCAAGACUCCUUAUAGAAAAUCGGAAGAUAAACUGUCAGAAACUAAUCCAUAAAAGGCAGCUUUUGAAUUGUAUAAAAUCAUAUGCAUCUAAUGUAAGCCUUACUUUGGAGUGGAUGCUGGGUGAAUGCUAACGUGCAAGCUGCGCUGCCAAAUAAUGGAGAGAGAAAAACAUGGCAAUUUACAGGAUUAGGCUAUAUUUCAAAAUGUUAUCGGCAACUAGCCUUCUAUGGUUAUGUUACAUAGGUAAUGUAAAGCCAUGGACUAUAGUAGGCCUAUAGUUGAAGCCAAGGUCUAAGUUAAAUUAUUUUCACCCUCAUCGAGUCUGUGAUAAACAACUGACGUGUAUUGCGCGUCAUUGAGGUCGCUUCCGUGCGUUUAGAGCCACACUCCGCCAGAAAGAAUUAUGCCGUAUUCGUUCAUAAAUGCUUCGUCAGAGUAUGUGUUUAUGGAACCUACAUAACGUUGAUUCAUGUUAUCCAUGUAUGUUACAUAAGCAACUGGCCUACAUAACUAGCUUAAUCUAAUUUCAGAGACCAUUUGCAUUGCUAUUGUCUCCCAUUGUUUCAAUAUGUGGAAUGUUCGCCUGACCAGAAAACACGUGGGUUGCCAAGUAGUGUGAAGAUAUCCGGCUACUAUUGUUGCAUUUAAAUGGAAUAUGCUCAAAGUCUCUACACAAAGCAGGAGGUGGAUGUGGGCAUGAUGAGCAAGACACCCCCUAACAGAAGAGGGAUAACCUUUGAGGUGGGAGCAACACUAGAGGCCAGAGACACCCUCAAAAACUGGUAUCCGGCCAACAUAGAGAAGAUUGACUAUAGUGAUGAGAAAAUCCUGAUCCACUACCGUCAGUGGAGCCACCGCUAUGAUGAGUGGUUUGACUGGACUAGCCCCUACCUGAGACCUGUAGAGAGAAUCCAGCUGAGACGACAGGGACUGCUGGACGACGAUCCUAUCCCUGGAUUUCAUGUGAAUGACAAGGUCCUCGCCAGUUGGUCCGAUUGCCGCUUCUACCCUGCCAAGGUCUUAGCAGUCAAUAAAGAUGCAUCUUACACCGUGAAGUUUUAUGAUGGAGUCGUCCAGACAGUGAAGGGGAUCCACGUGAAGCCUUUUGUCAGAGAGAGAGGAGGAGGGAAGACUCGGUCUGCUGAGAGGAAUGGAGUCAGGAAGCACCAGAAUGGCAGAGAACGGAGGCCUCAGGAAAACAUCCCCAAGAAUAAAAGGGCCAGACGCAGUACCUCUGACCUGGAGGGAGACAGUGAGACCGAGGAUAAUAAUGAGGUUGAUGAAUGGGACAAGAGGGAGGGACAGGAGAAGACCAAGAGGAAGGACGGUGAGGUGGACGUCACCAAAGAGAGUCCACCCGCGAUUAAGCAGGAGGAACAUACAGAGCAGCAUGCAGGACUGAACGACCUCCGGGAUCACAUGACAGCCACUGUGGGCCCAAAUGGAGUGAAGGUGGAAGAAGACCGAGGACAGAAGGUGGAAGAAGACCGAGGACAGAAGGUGGAAGAAGACCGAGGACAGAAGGUGGAAGAAGACCGAGGACAGAAGGUGGAAGGAGACCGAGGACAGAGUGAGGAGAGGUCUACUCAUAAUUUAAAUGGAGGUAUAAAAAAAGAGGUGGAAAUUAAAACUGAGUACACAGUCCUGAGCUCACCAAAUGAACCUAAGCCAUCCACUGAGUCACCCAAUCAGAUGUCAACACUGACAGGGCCAGUGUCUAUCCCAUUACCCUCAGCUUUGUCCACCAAUGACGGAGUGGAGCAGAAGGCAGCGAGCCAACCGGAGAGCUCAAAAUCUGCACCACUGGACCUCCCAGUGAAACCAAUAAGGAAGCAGGGUUUUCACAACCCCAACAGAUUCAGCAGAGAGCCAUUGUACAGAGUGAUCAAAAACCAGCCUCCCCCAGUCCUGUCCAUCAACUUGGACCACAACCCGUUUAAAUGCAGCGCUGUGGGUUGCACCAAGUCGUUCCGCAAGGCCAAGCUGCUUCACUACCACAUGAAGUACUACCACGGAGAGGACCAGCAGCUAGAGGAUGACCUCAGCCCCACCAGGAGUGUCCAGACCCAGGCCUCAGAGAAGCACCCCUUCCCUACCACUCUGGAGAGUCCUAAGAGGAGACGCACCAUCUCUGCCUCAAUGCACUCCACUGUGCACAGUCCUAUCAGAACUCCCCCGUCUCCACGUAGUGAGGCAAAGACAAUGAGCAGACGCAGGUCAGUGCCACCUGCUGUCAGCACAGAGCCAACACAGAGCCAGCAGCAGAGGGCGCUGCUGAGGGAGAAGAGCAAAGAGAACCAGCUGGACAGGAAUGGCCAGAGACUGGUGGCGACAGAGACGUUUAUGAGCAGUGGCAUGGACUUAGGAUUGGUGAAAGAACGAGACCGGCUGAAGGAUAAGAAACAAACAGACUUCCUUCGCGUUAAACUGAAGAAAAAGAAGAAGAAAAAGAAGGCCAAGUCUGAGUGCACAGGUAGUGAGGAGAAUAUUGACAUCUCAAUAUUCGAUCUUCAGUCCAAAUUGAAUUUUCCACUCAAAUUCCCCCUCUCACACAAUCACAAGCCUGAGUUAUACCACUGCAGGCCCGGAUACAACCAGUCAGAGCAGAUACACGUGGAUGAUGAGGAUAGCAUCAGUGAUUGGUCAACUGACAGCUGUGGGUGGAGUGAUGAUGAGCAGGGGGCGGAGCUGGACGUCACUACUCCACCCCUGAAUCUGGGCUCUGUUGCCUUGGAGACGGGCGCUCAGGAGAUUGUGCGUUGCGUCUGUGAGGUGGAAGAGGAAAACGAUUUCAUGAUACAGUGUGAGGAGUGUCUGUGCUGGCAGCAUGGCACCUGCAUGGGCCUCCUGGAGGAGAACGUCCCUGACAAAUACGCUUGCUACGUCUGCCGAGACCCACCAGGUCAGAGGCAGAGCCUGCGGUACUGGUAUGAUCGUGAUUGGCUGAGCAGGGGUCACAUGUACGGUCUGUCCUUCCUGGAUGAAAACUACUCCCACCAGAAUGCAAAGAAGAUUGCAGCAACACACCAGUUACUAGGAGACGUCCACCGUGUGGUGGAGGUGCUCAAUGGCCUGCAGCUCAAGAUGAGCAUCCUACAUACCCAAACCCACCCGGACUUGCGGCUGUGGUGCCAGCCCUGGAAGCGGGCAGAGAGGCCCUGGAGGAGAGACGGCUCGGGGACGGGCACUGACGCAGCACCGUCUCCAGCGCCAACAGACGAGGGCUCAGAGAGGGACCACAAGAGUCUUGCGCGUGGGGGAGCAGAAGCUCUGAUGUCAGCCGCCAUGGAGAAGCUCAGUCGAGCCUCCUCUUCCGCCUUCUCGCCAUACCAGUCGUUCCAGGACUCUUACAUUAUGAGUGAGCACUGCUACCAGAAGCCGCGGGCGUACUACCCUGCGGUGGAGCAGAGGCUGGUUGUGGAGACCACACGGAGGGGCUCUGAGCUGGAGGACAGCCUGAGGAGUACUGAGGACCUCCUGGAGAGAGAGCAGCGCUAUGGAGGCAUGCUAGAGACAGCCAGGCCCAAAGCCCACACACACCUGAACACACACACCAAGGGUUCAGAUGUUGGUCGCUGGGGCCAUGCCGAGGUGAAGAUGGAGGGAGGGGACGGAGACGGCAGUAGCCAGCAGCACCAGUGGCAGAUCAACCUGCUGGAUCACAUAGAUGCCGUACAGGAAGAGGUCACUCACAGGAUGGACUUCAUUGAGAGGGAGCUGGAUGUGUUGGAGAGUUGGCUGGACUACACAGGGGAGCUGGAGCCCCCAGAGCCUCUGGCCCGCCUGCCUCAGCUUAAACACAGCAUGAAGCUGCUGCUAACAGAGCUGGCUAAGGUGCAGCAGAUUGCCCUGUGUUGCUCCACAUGAGGGAGCCAGUGAGCAGUGUGACAUCCAUAUUCACAGACCAACACAGCACUCCCAAGAGACAAUGCAGUGGAGAGCAGCCACUCACAGGUCUAUCUAUGGCAUAUGGGGGUUGGACUGAGGAGAAAUGACCAGAUAAUUAAAUGCAAAUGCACUUUCAGUAUACCGCAGACUAGUGGGAGCAUUUCAUGGCAUGGGGUAAAAUGCUUGAGGAUGACAGUUGGUGUUCCUCUGUAAGGCCUCUAGUCUGUACAGGGAAAAGCCCACAUAAUGGAAAUGUGCUGUAUCGUGGUCAUUGCAGUAGGUAAUGGAUGGAGUCAAUACAAGAGAGAACAAACGGGGACAGUUUAUGAUCGGAUGGGUUUUGUUGGUGCAAACCUGCAUCAUAUUAAUGCCUUGGUCUGAGGUUUUGUUUGAAGCUUGCUGUCAUGCACUCCACAAAUUGAUGAGCUGUACUAUGUAUUCAAAGACCUCACCUGAACGUCUGAUAGACACACUGUCAAUAUUCAUAAUGACAGCUUUUGGAAACACUGUCCUUGGAGCCAUAUUUUGCAACUCUUUUUUCCUGUCUCAAUAUUGUAAAGUACUUAGUCAAUGAUAAUCUCGCAUAAUUAUUAAGCUUAUGUUUGCUGAUCAUGUGGAUUGUUUUACAGAGCACAACCUUAAUAAGGUUAUAAAUAGGGUGUGACAAUACAAACUAUAUUCUUAUAAUGGCACUGUAUAGAUAAGAUUAAUCUUUCAGAUUUUACGUAGUGAAUUUUUACUUGGUCUGUAUUAUAGACACUGGAGGGACAGUACACAGUUUGAUGACGAGUGACGUUUCUGGAUUUUUGUUUUCAUAUUGUUUAAAUGUGGUUUCUUUCCAAAGCUAAUGUCACUUGUAUUUUGUUGGAUUCCGUGCAUCUUCUCUUCUAUGCUAUUCACUCUCGUCUCGCGAGUUCCUGCCCUACUACUUUGCAGAUGCAUACCAGAUCUUAGACCUGCAAUAGGUGUAACAUUUUAGCUAACCACCUCGUAUGAUAUAGCAAUCUGGUGCCCGACUGCAGUCUGACUUGGCACACAGCCAUUGGUAGAUGCAGUGCAACGCCUGCCCUGCACAUCUAGUCGUGCAGGAACUCGACCUUUAACUUUUCUUCACUGUAGCCUUUGACUUUUGGCUUACUGCAAAUGUUUGUGGAGAUGUCUGCUACAACCUCAGCAUUUUGUGUUCUGUUCUCAGUGGAAGACUUGUAACAGAUCCACGAUUUUCCUUUUCUUGUAUUGUUUUAUCUGUACUGUUUAUUUGCAAUAUUUUGUAUUUCUUGUGUAAAUACAUCUGAAUGUUUCCUGGGAUGACUUUGUAUUGAUGGUUAUUUUUAAACAUAGCCCUCCAAAGAGCCAUACUGUACUAGUGGGUCAACCAGGUGAAGAAUCAAACAAGAUGGUGAAAAAUUGCAACAGAUAUGCUGGUACAUAAAUACACUAUCUCUCAUUGAUAUAUUUGGAAAGUAUACAGACCCCUUGACUUUUUCCAUAUUUUGUUACAUUAUAGCCUUAUUCUAAAAUUGAUUU